CUGCAUUCGCGGUGGCACAGGGUGGCCGCGGCGGGUCUCAGCAGCCUGGUGGCCCCUCGGGCUUAGCACGCCCGACAGCACUAACGCGCCGGGGCCGGCCCAGCAAAUCUUUUGUCCGGGGCGGCGCUGAGCCAGCAGGGAGCUGCCCGGUAUAAACCGGGACCCGCGGAUGGGGCGGGGCGCACCAUGGCGCAGCGCUCGGGAAAGAUCACUCUCUAUGAGGGCAAGCACUUCACGGGGAGAAAGCUGGAGGUCUUUGGGGACUGUGACAACUUCCAGGACCGGGGCUUUAUGAACCGAGUGAACUCCAUCCGCGUGGAGAGCGGAGCCUGGGUCUGCUUCGAUCACCCUGACUUCCGGGGCCAGCAGUUCAUCUUGGAGCACGGCGACUACCCCGACUUCUUCCGCUGGAACAGCCACAGUGACCACAUGGGCUCCUGUCGGCCUGUAGGAAUGCACGGGGAACAUUUCCGCCUGGAAAUCUUCGAGGGUUGCAACUUCACGGGCCAGUGCCUGGAGUUCCUGGAGGACUGCCCCUUCCUGCAGAGUGGGGGCUGGGCCAAGAACUGCAUCAACGCCAUCAAGGUGUACGGGGACGGAGCCCCCAGGUCCUCCAGGCUCCGUAAAGACUUGUCCUGACUGUUUCUGCUCUCUGGAUUGUUGGUGGCCGCCCCGGAGGUGUGCAGAAGGGGAGGAGGAGAGGAAGGGGCCCCACUUGGGACUCCCUGACCCUCCUCUGGGCCCUGCAGGCUCCUCUGUGCAACUGUACCCCCACAGCCCAUUUCCUCUGCAGGGGAGGCCCCAUGAGGGCAGGAGGGGGCAGGAACCAUGUCAUGUGACCAUGGCACCUCUGGUACCUGACACGGUGUUGGGCACACAUGUGGGAACCCACUGGCAUUCACUGAAUGAAUGGUGCCCUCUGUGCCAGGCCCCCCCUCAGGUGCUGGGGGCACUGUCUGUGCAAGGUGGUCCUUAUCAGGGAACAGGAGUGCGUGGGUGUGCAGUGAUGGCGGGAGUGCAUCCUUGCCAAGGACGGUUGAAAUGCAGUGGCGCGAUCUCGGCUCACUGCAAUCUCCACCUCCCUGGUUCAAGCAAUUCUCUUGCCUCAGUCU